GAAAUCAAACAACCCUAAUGGAAUUGUUUCGUCUAGUCGUAUGCAAUUGAAAUGUAGGACCAAAAAUCAAUCACACAAAUGCUUAGGCACGAUUUUUUUCUUCCUUCUUUUGUUUUAUUGAAGGAAAUCACUUGAGCGGUUACAAUCUGCUACCAGCAUUGUGCUUAAAAAGACAGGAGGCACAAUUUAGCCCGAAGGCAUGGCUCUUUUUAUACCAACGAAGGAUUUUGGAAGAGUAAGACAGUGGUCGAACUGUAGACAAUCUGGUAUAUAAAUCCUGCGAGAAAGCACUUUCAAACCGCCAAACAAUCGAUGAGACACUAAACUACAGUCAACAUAAUAAAGUUGCCAAUGCUACUUUUAAAUGUAACAAACCGAUCACUUACAUCUCUUGAUUCAUACUCAAACCCAAACUAUGUCCAGUUUUCCGUUAAGGGUAUUGAAUCAGCACAAGCCAAAUACAGAUAUCAUUGGCACUGAACUCGUACCCAAACACGUCAAAUCCACUAAAUGCAAAAUAUUCGCACCACCGACGACUUCACCUUAACUGAUUGCGGCGGAGAUAGGCCAGUCCAUUGCCUGGAGAGAGGGAUAUAGGAAAAUUGUUCUCUGUAUGGACUAAACAACAGACAUCAGCAUUAUACCCAGAACAGAGGAAGACAACCAGAGACAUGAUAUUGGCAUUAAUCUGAUUUAAGGGACAGCCAAAAAUUGUUUUUUCUUAACAUUCUCGAAACAGAAACAAAAGAAUCAUCAGAAUAUUGGAUUAAUCAGCAGCAACACCUUUGCAAGUGUCUCAGACGACCGUCGUGAGAUAUGCAAUCCGUAUUCAUCACCUGAUUCCACGACGCUGUUCAAUUGACAAUAAAGUCCAUUACAUAACGUGAAACGGUGAAAGCAAUAAUAUUAUUCAUUAUCAAAAUUCUGCAUUAGUUUCAAAUGUAACAUCCGAAACACAAGAUCCAUUGGAUAGGUAUAUUGCCGCGCCUAUAGUAAACAAAGAUUUGUUCGAAGGGACAUUAAACAGAUAUGAUGGAUUGAUAAAUUGACUAAAAUUCUGGUAAAAGGAUCAAAUGAAUCAUCAGAAUAUUGGAUUAAUCAGCAGCAACACCUUUACAAGAUCUCAGACGACCGUCGUGAGAUGUAUAAUCCGUAUUCAUCACCUGACUCCAAGAUAUUGUUCAAUUGCCAAGAACAUUGCAGAGCGUGAAACCCAAUUCUGAAUCAAGGCCAAAAUUUUGUUCAAAAAGAAAAUCGAAGAUUGCAAUUUACCCAAAGACUUUAAGAAUCAGUCAUGGAACAAACAACAGAUUCAGAUGCGAGAAGUCUCCCGCACCAAAGAGCGUAGCAACCCGAAGUCAACAAAAUAAAAUCUACUUUCUUCAAACCAAUGGUCGAUUUGGAAUUGAAAACGCAUCAAGAAAAUGUGAGAUGGAAUCAGUAGACAAACGGGAUCUAGGAACCCGCCAUCUGUGGAUACCAUCACUACGGUUGUCUGGCCGCUGCCCGAUCACAGAUCUUGUUCGCCAUCCACAAGGGAUAACGGCCCGAAAGCCUCCCUCUGGAGGAGAACAAGGAAAGAAUCGAGCUUUCUAUUUAUGCAUUGUUGUCGGCGCGAGAAACCAAAACUAGGUGCCCGAAGGCCGAUUCCCCACAAUAAAAGACAACAAAUGCAAUUCAAGAUCCAUUCUCAACAUUCCACAUAAGAUUUUCAUCGAACACCUGGUGUGCAUAUAAAAGAAAGAGAAAAUCACAGAGCUCAUAUCAAGUGUAUAGAUUAAAGGACCUUCACAGCGGUCGAGGAAAAAUUAUAUCCCAGAUUAAAUUGAAGGGAUAACGAACUGCAAAAGAGAAGGAAGGUGUCAAGGAAGAGACACCAAAGCAUCAUUCUUUUGACAGAAAGAGCGGCGGCGCCUACUGCUCGGUUUGCCAUCUCCGAGUUCCACCCUUUAACUAAAUUGAGAUUUUCCCUCUCGUUUGAAACGGAAGAUCCCCCUCAAGCCUCUCUCUUUUCAAUCAGACAAUCAAUGCCUAAGAAACUGCUUGCCGGAUUUAAAUAACAAACGCGGAGAGAAGUAGUAGCAGUAGCACUGAGGAAACCCUAAUCCCGGCCGGACGGAAAAAAGGAGGAGCUGUGUCUCGUAUAGAGUUUAAAUCUGCAGAAGUUUGGGCCGGUUGAAUAAGGUUUCGUUUUGUAAUUUUGGAUAGGCUUUAUGGGCUCCAUUUAAAAGCCCAUUUAUAAAAAACUACAAAAUAUUAGGGGUAAUAUUUAUUUUUUAUAAAAAAAAUUCAAAAUCUUUUAUAUUAUUCAAAUUUAUUAAAAUUCUAUUAGUUAUCCAAAAAAUUUAUAAUGCAUCAAAGUAUUAGUCAUUUUUAAGUUAUCGUUUAAUAAUUUUGUAACUCUUUUCUUAGUUAAAAUAUUAAAAUUUUGAAAGGUUGACCUUUGUGAGUCUCUUCCAAGUUCAGUAUCAUGUUACCAAGUCAAUAUUACUAACAAUAUGAUAGAAUUGGGGCGAACGGGUCGAGAAAUUGAACUUUUCACUAAUUCAAAACUUUAUAACCGCUAAAAUAUGAUGUAAUAUAAGAAAUAUUAUAAGUAAUUUGGCUAAGAUAACAUGUAAUUAAGGUACGAACCGGUCGAGAAUGGGGAGGGUCAGAGCAGGUCGGAACAGGUCAAACAGGUCGGGUAAAUCGAGUCAUGUCAAAAUUUCCAUCCCUAAUAAUCUCAACAAUCACAUAUAAAAAACUGAAAUAUAACGAUCACUCAUUUUGAGUGAUAGUUUUUGUCACAUCCUAGAAAAUAUCCAUGUAUUAUUUAUGCAAAAAAAAUUUAAAAAACGAUGCAUUCUAAA